AUGUCACGAAUCAUAACCAAACGAAGUAAUUCAAAUAUCAUAACAACUAAUGAAUUUAAAAAAAUAGCUAUUUUAGUAACAAUACUAUGUUUUCUACCUUUAAUAUAUUUAUAUUAUGUUCAUGUACGAGAUAAGUGGGAUUUAAAUGAAUAUUUUGUUGGAGAAUUAGGUAAUUUAAUUAAAACAAAUAAUCCAGAUAAUAUCCCAAAAAAUAAUCAUGAAAUUCAAACAACACCAGAAAUUUCAGAAAUUGAAGAAGAAGCAUUAAAAAAUCCAAAAAAAUUUUUAGGAGAUAUUAAAAAAAUGGGCAAGAAUGAAAGACCAUCAUAUACAAAUUUAAAAUUUUCAUCAAUUGGAAGAAAUCCCAAAGAUUAUUUACCAUUAAAUGAUGAUAAUUCUCAAGAUUUAACAUUUUUUGAAUCACCAAUCAAGAAAUCACAACCAAAAUUAAAUCAUGAUAAAAUUGAAAUUAAUCUUAAAAAUUUAGAUCCUCAUGAAAGUUUUUUAAAUUUUAGAAUUUAUUCUCAUAAUGUUAAAAAUGGUAAUGGGAUAACUCCUUUAAAAAAUGGAGAAUUUAAAUGGGAAGAAAGAUUAAAAGACAUAUUGGCGUCUAUAAGAUUUAAUACUAUAGAUAAUACAAUUUUUACAUUACAAGAAUUAUACAAGUUUCAAGUCCUUGAUAUUAUAGAAAAUUUAAAUACAUACAAAGAUAAUGAAGAUGAUCAAUGGGAAUAUUAUGGAGUUGGUAGAAUUGAUGGUGAUUCAAUGGGAGAAUUUGUUCCAAUAAUAUAUAAUUCAAAAGAAUGGGAAAUUUUACAUAGUGAUACAUUUUGGUUGAAUGAAAAAGAUCUUUAUAUGUCAUAUGAAGGUUGGGAUGCAAUAUAUAGUAGAAUUUGUUCAUUUAUAAUUUUACAAAAUAAAAAAUCAAAACUAGUUAUUAAUUUUUUUAAUACUCAUUUUGAUCAUUUAGGUAAAUUAGCAAAAUGGGGUUCAGCACAAUUAAUUACUGAAGUUAUAAAACAAUUAACUUUACAAUCAUCAAAUGAAUGGCCAACUUUUUUAAUGGGAGAUUUUAAUUCUGAUUUAAAAGAUGAAAGUAAAGCAAUAUUAGUUAUAAAAGAAUUAUUAAGAGAUUCAACAAGUUUAACAUUACCAGGAAUAAAUAGAUAUGGUCAUAUAAAAUCAACAGUAACAGGAUUUGAUGGAGAUAUUUUAAAAAAUGGUGGACAAAAUAUUGAUUAUAUUUUUACCCCCAAAUAUUGUAAAAAAUUAGAUAAUAAAUUUAUUAAACAAAACCUAAAACAAAAUUGUCAAUAUCAAAAAUUCGGAACAAAAAAUAAUAAAUUUCAAGAUAAUUUUGAUUUAAUCUUGAAGCAGUUUGGUAUGUUACAUUCAAAAUUUGAUGGGAAAUAUAUGAGUGAUCAUAGACCUAUUGUUGCUGAUUUUAAAAUUUAUCCAAAAUGUAUUGAUAUUAGUGAAAAAUGA